CUCAGAGUGAAGUCCAAAAGCCCAGCUGAACAUAGGAUUCUCUUUCUGAUCAUUUUUACACUGUGAAACGGAAAUGUUGACGGUCAAAGCCGUGGAUUCUUCAACGGUUGUCAUCAAGCUUCAACCACCGACACAAACAGCACCGAUAGUGACUGGGACCAGUUCCCCUGUGCCUGUUUACAUACAGCAUGAAGCUGGAGUUUUGACUCUUGAAGGAAUUCAGGCCUUUCUUAAAGGCCACACAAAAACUCUUGUGAAUGUCCAGAUAAUGAUCGGUGUGUUGACUUUCCUGUUUGGUAUCGUGCUUACAGUCUAUGCGGAGUCCGUCUUUGUCUUCAGUGGCAUUCCUUACUGGGGAUCUCUCAUUUACAUUGCUGCAGCGCUCUCCAUUGCCGCUGAAAACAAACAUGAUUCACCAACCAGUUUGUGUUUGGUGAAAGGCUCUCUUGGAAUGAACAUUUUCAGUGCUGUAACUGCAGCCAUUGCCUUCAUUCUGCUUUCAGUGGAUUUGGGUAAUGGACCCCUCUACCUUUACUGCAGUGGCUAUUAUUGUGGUGAAAUUGAGAGAAUGUAUAUGACUCUGUUCUCAGGAAUCAGUGGUGUGUUGCUGCUGUUCACCAUCCUGCAGUUCUUCAUCUCUGUCUACCUGUGUGGUUUCGCCUCUAAAUUCACCUCCUGCUGUCAUCCUCAGGUGCCAUCUGUUUCCCCAGUUGCGUCUCCACAGCCCAAUUAUUUCCAAAACACCUCAGAGAUUCCUGUGGCCAGCAACCCUUUCUUUCAACACCCUCCUGCAGAAUCUCCCCCGGAGUACGCUGAAUGUAAUUAAAUGUGGGUCAAGAUGAAACAGGCGGGCAUAUCUGUGGUUAGGCUGCUUUGGUACUGGGUUUCCUACACUGUAAAAAGAGAUAUGCUACUUUAAAAAAAAUUAAGUAAACCCAUUGCCUUAAAAAAACAAGUUGAUUUUACUUAAAAUAAAAAGUCAGUAAAACAAUUGACCUAA